CCCCCUUGGCGGCCCUCUCUCUUUCCAUCCCCUCCUCCUCUUUCAUUUUUCCACCAUGGCUUCCCUCACUUGUACAGCCUCUGACCUCGUCCCCCUCCUCUCCUCUUCCUCCUCCACCAAUGCAACCGCCCUCGCCUCCUUCCUUUGCACUCGUUUUUCCACCAUCUCCGACCAGCUCUCAGACGCCACUCACGCCAUUGACAACACUUACCUCCUCUUCUCCGCCUACCUAGUCUUCGCCAUGCAACUCGGCUUUGCCAUGCUCUGCGCUGGCUCAGUCAGAGCUAAGAACACCAUGAACAUCAUGUUGACGAACGUCCUUGACGCAGCUGCUGGUGCACUGUCUUAUUACCUCUUUGGUUUUGCCUUUGCCUUCGGUUCACCUUCUAAUGGUUUCAUAGGACGCCACUUCUUUGGACUUAAAACUUACCCUUCUCCUUCGGGUGAUUAUAGUUUCUUUCUUUAUCAAUGGGCUUUUGCUAUAGCUGCUGCCGGGAUUACCAGCGGGUCCAUAGCUGAAAGAACCCAAUUCGUAGCUUACCUUAUUUACUCUUCCUUUUUAACCGGCUUCGUUUACCCCAUAGUUUCACAUUGGUUUUGGUCGGGUGACGGGUGGGCCAGUGCGACCCGAUCCGAAAACCUUUUGUUCGGUUCGGGUGUGAUUGACUUUGCGGGUUCGGGUGUGGUUCACAUGGUUGGUGGCAUUGCUGGCUUAUGGGGUGCGUUGAUUGAGGGUCCGAGGCUUGGCAGGUUCGAUCGGGCUGGUCGCUCCGUGGCGUUACGCGGGCAUAGUGCCUCGCUAGUAGUUCUGGGGACGUUCCUUUUGUGGUUCGGGUGGUACGGGUUUAACCCGGGUUCCUUUUUGACCAUCGCGAAAGGGUAUGGUGGGGGUGGGGGCUAUUAUGGGCAAUGGAGUGCUAUAGGGAGGACAGCUGUCACGACGACAAUGGCUGGGUGCACAGCUGCCCUUACAACCUUGUUUAGUAAAAGGCUAUUAGUUGGUCAUUGGAAUGUAAUCGAUGUUUGCAAUGGUUUGCUAGGGGGCUUUGCUGCAAUUACCUCAGGGUGUUCAGUAGUAGAACCAUGGGCUGCAAUCAUAUGUGGCUUUGUGGCAGCAUGGGUUCUAAUUGGAUUCAACAUUCUUGCAUCCAAAUUGAAAUAUGACGACCCACUAGAGGCAGCCCAAUUACAUGGGGGGUGCGGCGCGUGGGGUUUACUCUUCACCGGAUUGUUUGCAACGGAGGCAUAUGUUAACGAGGUGUAUCCGGGGCGGCCGGGCCGCCCAUACGGGUUGUUCAUGGGUGGUGGAGGGAAGCUGCUAGGGGCACAACUGAUUCAAAUUUUGGUCAUAGCAGGGUGGGUCACGGCCACAAUGGGGCCACUCUUUUAUGUGCUUCACAAAAUGAAGCUGUUAAGGAUUUCGGAGAAUGAUGAAACUGCUGGGAUGGACUUGACUAGGCAUGGGGGAUUUGCUUAUGCGUAUCAUGAUGAAGAGGAUCUUUCCCUGACGCCAGGGUUCAUGAUGACCAAAAUUGAACCUACUAAUGGAAGUCCAUCAGAGGGUCAAACAUCACCCUCCAAUGUAUGAAUCAAAUUUAGUGGUUUGCCCCUUGUAAUUGUAACCCUUAAUUAAUGUGUGUUAUAUACAAAGUAUAUAAAAUAAUCACUCAACUUUAGACA